GGCGGGCACCGAGCGCUACCCGGGGCGGGCACCGAGCGCUGCCCCGGGCACUCCGGUACCGGGCAGGGCGGUGCUUACAGCAGGGAGGGCUCCCGGUACCGGGCGGGACGGUUCUUGGCGUGCCGGGCGAUGCCGCCACCGGGAGGUCGGUCCUCGGCGCGGCGGGGCAUCCCGGGACCGGGCACGGUGGCCCUUGGCGUUCUAGGGGAUGCCGGUACUGGGGAGGACGGUCCUUGGUGUUCCGGGACAGCCGCCAUGGAGGUGCAGUCGUACUGCAGCAAGCUGCUGGGGGAGCUGAACGAGCAGCGCAAGCGGGACUUCUUCUGCGACUGCAGCAUCAUCGUGGAGGGCCGGAUCUUCAAAGCGCACAGGAACAUCCUGUUCGCCAACAGCGGCUACUUCCGAGCGCUGCUCAUCCACUACAUCCAGGACAGCGGGCGCCACAGCACGGCCUCGCUGGACAUCGUCACCUCCGAGGCCUUCUCCGUCAUCCUGGACUUCCUCUACUCGGGGAAGCUGGACCUGUGCGGGGACAACGUCAUCGAGGUGAUGUCCGCCGCCAGCUACCUGCAGAUGACCGACGUGGUCAACUUCUGCAAGAGCUACAUCAGGUCCUCCCUGGACAUCUGCAGGAAGAUGGAGCGGGAAGCGGCGGCCUUCUACCGGGCCGACGGCGGCGGCGCGGCCGGGGAGGGCGCCUCGGGCUCCGCCCGCGUGUCCUCGGCGCGGGAGAAGGUUCCGGAAUGCCGGCGGGACCCUCCCCGCGGGGACUGCCACCCGCCGGAGCCGCUGGCCGGGGACCCCGUGAGCGACGGCUCGGGAAGGGCGGAAGCCAAGGCGGAGCUGGACCCCGCCGAGGCGGAGGAGCGGCCGGCGGCGUUCCCCGCGCCCGCGGCGCUGCAGCCCGCCGAAGAGGGGCAGCCCCUGGAGCUGGCCUGCAAUAACCUGCACAUGAAGCAGUUCCUGGAGGCCCUGCUGCGCAACAGCUCGGCCCCGAGGAAGGAGGACGUGGUGCACCGCUUGGUCCGGGGAUUUGAGGGUAGGGCUGAGGAUGCUGGAGCGGCCGUGAGCUCCAUGGUGGACAUUCACAGCGACUGGUAUGGCGAGGACGCAGGUGACGUGCUGGUGGUGCCCAUCAAGCUGCACAAGUGCCCGUUCUGCCCCUACACGGCCAAGCAGAAGGGGAUCCUGAAGCGCCACAUCCGCUCGCACACCGGGGAGCGGCCGUACCCCUGCGAGACCUGCGGCAAGCGCUUCACCCGCCAGGAGCACCUGCGCAGCCACGCGCUCAGCGUGAGUGCCCCGCGCCCCCCGGGCUGGGGACCUGCACCAGCUGCCUGCCCCGGGGGCGGUUUAUCUUCCCGCUCUGUUAGGUGCAUCGUUCCAACAAGCCCAUCAUCUGCAAGGGCUGCAGGAGGACCUUCACCAACAGCCUGUCCCAGGGGCUGCGGCGCUUCGGGCUCUGUGACAGCUGCACGUGUGUCACCACCACCCACGAGGACCCGCUGCCCAUCAACCUCAGCCUGGUGGAAACGGCCUCAGAAGGGCAGGAGAGAGGGGAUGCUGACAAUGAUUGGCCCAUCUACGUGGAGUCUGGAGAGGAAAACGACCCGGCUGAGGAUGAUGAUGGUGAUGACAAGCACGAGAUCCACCGCAGUUUGUCAGACAGAGAGACUUUGAUGUAGCAGCGAGAGGGGGAGCACUGAGAGCAGUUCUGUGACAGAACUGCACAUUUGCUCCAUCAGUGACACUGUGCUGAUUUUUAUCCUUCUGGUUUUUAAUUAAAUUGUGAGGAGAACUGGA